AUGAGCUUUGGAUACGGAGUCGGUGAUGUGUUCGCCACGAUACACGCCAUCAAGCGCAUCGUCGAGGAGAUUCAGAAUUAUCGAGAUGCUCCUCGACAUUUCCAACAGCUUAGUGCGGAGCUCAGGCUCCUACAGGCUACACUUCAGUCCGUACUAGAUAUUCAAACCGUAGAUCAUGUCGAGCUUGAAAAUCUAGAUCGGAUUAGGCUGAUCGCAAUCCACUGUCAGCAGCCUCUUCAAGCGUUCAUCCAGAAGAUGAAAUUGAGGGAGCCCAGUCUUGGCCAUUUCAGGACCUCUGGAACUAUCCGCACUGUUGGCCGUCGGCUUCACUGGAGCCUGAUUGAUAAAAAGGAUGUUGAGGGCUUGCGGAAAGUGGUUGUGUCGGAAAUGGUGGCUAUUAAUAUCCUUCUAGGCGUGCAACAGCUAAGGUACUUGAGAGUACUGGCAAAGGAUACCUCCACCUUCAAAGAGGAUGCCGGAGCGUGUUUUGUCAAUACCGAAGAUAUCCUCGCCAAGUCUAUCAAGAUUCUCAACAAUGUCGAGACCCUCCCGCGCGAGAUCCGCGAUCUCCAGAAGCUUUCUAUCAGCAAUGCCUCAAGGCAGGAGGAAAUGUACAGCUACCUUGCUAAAUUUAUUGGCAUUAUGACUGGAAAAGCAGAUAUGAUCUUAUCGCAUGGCAAGAAAGCCCUUGAGAGCGCUCAGAAAGUCCGAGAACAGGCUGCAAAGACAAUACUUGCUGUAGCGUCCCUCACUGCCAACAUCAAAAGCCUUAUAAUAUUACUUGCCGCAUUCUCUACAACAGUUCUAAGCAAGAUUGCUGCAAACACCCGGAUGCUACUGGAUAUUCAUGCAAAUGUAAAAAAGAUACUUCGUGCAAUUGAAGCAAUCCCUUUGCAUCUCACACUGGAUAUUGUAAGAUUCGACGACGCCCUCGGGGAUAGUUGGGCGCUACCAUAUCAAGCUUGUACAGAAUGGCAGACAUUCAAAGAGAUGCUACAGAAGGUUGUCUUCGCCAAUAACCGGCCAGGAUACAAUCAAGUUGUACGAGAUCGGUUUUUCAUUAUGUCCGCCAAAGACAAUACGAUCAUCCAAACAGACGCGUGGAAUUCUUUUAUCAAGGCAGGAGCGCAUAUUUUGCAGUCGAUGAUAGUUUCAAAGACGCAAUCUCCAGGAGGCUUCUGUCCGUUCCCAUCAUGCAAUGAACCUCUAGUAGGCUCAGAAGGAUCAGGAGAUGAAUACAUAUGGUAG